UCCACACACACACAGGCCGUCCGUGGACGAUUUUAACUGCCUGUGUUUUUCCACGCAAAAAAAAAUGUGCAAUUUAUACAACCAGUAACUCAAUUUACUCUUCCAAAGAUAUGGUAACUGUGAGACAGUGUAGUGGUACGACGUUCCAUUUCCUCAUUAGAUGACAGUCAGUUGAUAAGUGGAAAGAUGAAAAUCUCCAUCGGUUACCGAGAUGACAACCAGCCGCCCGGCCUACGCGCUGAAGAGGUGCCUCUCCAGUUCAGGGAGCCGUACGUGGAGGUCGGCUACCGGAAGCCCUACCAGCCUCUCACCUUCUACCUUAAGAGCUUCUUCCAGAUUCACAACGAAAGCCUAAAUGUGUGGACCCACGCCAUCGCCUGCAUCGCAAUCGUAUUCCAAGGAAUCCGUUUGUGCUCCAUGAUCGACAUGGAGAGGGAUCCGUACGCUCCAAUGUUCCGGAUGUUCCUGAUCAGCAGCGUGACGUACCUGUUCCUCAGUGCAUGCGCACACUUGUUCCAGUCCAUCAACGAGAUCGGCCACCACGUGUGUUUCUUCAUCGACUACAUGGGAGUCAGCAUCUACUGUUUCGCCGCCGGGAUGGCUCAAGUUCAUUUCUGCUCUCUGCCCUGGGUCUACAACCUCCUCCAGGGGUUUUACGUACCGCUGCAUUGGCUGCUGUCGUUCCUCGUCUGUUUCUGCUGUAGUUACUCAAAGUAUCGCUACAAGCGUCCGUACCCCUUUGCCCGAAAAGUCUGGCAAAUGUCGUCGGUCGCGGCGGGGUACAUCGUCGCCAUUCUACCUAUCUUUACGCGUCUUCUCUUCCAGGGUUUCUCGAUUUUUCAUGAUAUCGCGAUGUUUUACCACGUAAUCCAGGUCGCCUGUUUUCUGAUUGGAUCAUUCUUCUUCGCCGCGCCCUUCCCGCAGAAGUUCUCGCCUGGUAACUUUGACAUCGUCGGUCAUGGCCAUCAGCUCUUUCAUAUUUUCAUGGCGCUGGUGUCGUACACGGAAGCAGAGGCUGUGUAUCGAGAUUACAUCGACCGGAGGAACGUCUACUCAAGUCUUUUUACCCCCACACCGUCACUUGUGUAUGGUUAUUUUGUUCUACUUGUGGUCGCUAAUUUCACCGUUGUUAUUGUAUUAGGACAUAAAGUUAAGGCUAGGUUAGACAGGGAAAAAGAAGAAUGAAAACUGGCCAAGUUGAAUGGGAAAAUGGUUUCCACAAUGUAAGCAAAAAGAUUACGCUAAGCACAUGUCUGAAAACAAAACAACAGCGAGGGCCUUAUUUCAUAAAGAGAUGCUUUUAAGCAUGAAACAUCUUCUGCUUACAGGAAAAUGAUUUCCACAUUAUCAUCUACUGACUAACAUGUAAGCAAGAAGAUUGUGCUAAGCGUGUCUGAUAUGAAAACAAAACAAAAUCCAGGGCCUUAUUGCACAGAGAUGCUUUUAAGCAUAAAACAAUUCUCUGCUUAGUAAAAUAAGCAGGAAGGCAGACAUGUGAAAUUGUGGAAUUCAUUUUUUUCUUUCACUUUAGCAUUUUUUUAUUAUUCAAGUUAUUAUUGUACAUGUAUGUAGAAUGUACAAUAUGCAUUCACCAUGCAUAUAGUCCUUGUAAUAAUUACCAUCGACUGGUUUGACAUUUAAUUAUGUGAGAUCAUUAGCAGUACUGCAUUGCAUCAGGCCAGACCUAUCAAUCUUAAAGUUGUGAGAGUAAAAACAAAUGUUGGUUGGAUUUUGUCAGCAAGAUGAUAAUUUCCUAGCGCAGUUUAAUAUAAUAGUGAAAGCUUUAAGGUUCUUGUACUAUAAUAAAUAAGUGCAAUUCUUUUGACGCAGCGAGUUACAUACAUGCAGGGAAAUUUACGACACAGGGACAUAAGAGAUAUCCUGCACGCACUUUUUAUUACAAAAUAAAAAAUUGUAACUAACGUAGGGUGCGUCGUGCAUAAAGCUGUGUUUUGUCUCGGGCCAAUAAUAUUAUCUAGACAAGAAGGCUGCCUUAGCCUAAUCAGCAAAACUAACUCUGGAAAAAAAAUUGUGUUUUGUCAUAUUUUUUUUGUAUCAAAACAACGAUCACCGUUAUCAAUAUAUUACCUUGGAGAAAUUUUGUUUUGACUGCAGCCUCUACAUGAAUGGUUAAUUAUGUGAAAAUGUACAAUGUACAGUGUAUGUGGACAGUUUUUGUUCUUAAAUACGAUUGUCCAAGCUUGUAUCAAUGCUUUAAGGUCCGGACUGGAACUCUCAGUAUGCUGAUCGGAAAUAACACCAGGGCCAAAUUUCAUAGAAUCGCUUCUAAAUGCGAAAAAUAUUCCUUUUAAAAACAAUUGUGUUCUAAGGAGAAAUUUAGUAUUUUAUCAGUUCCAUUUGUACACGCGACAUGAUACAAUGUAGUUUGGCUGGUAACCUUAUUCUGGUAAGCAUAGUUUUGUUGUCCUGAGCUACUCUUUAGUAGG